UCUCUGACGUCACGAGACAACCAGAAGGGUCGUGAGUAAAAUGAACGUGUGAGUUGUCUCACAUGGACGCAGAGAGCUUUCAGCUCGCGAGCUGCACAAAACGACGGAAUAACGUGUGCUGGAGAACACCUCCGGAAGCUCGAGUUCCCAUGGUGCUAUGCUUUGAUGCUGUUCUUGCAGAGGCCUGGCUCUUACUGCUGCACUCAGCAUCAGCACAUUUGACACGUUGAACGAUGCUCUGUGCUGAACCUGAUGACUUUCACUGAUCUUUAAACGCUCCAACUUUUAAACUCCAUACACACCUAUUAGCCGAUGGGGUGAUUUUACCCUCCUGGCAAAAAGAAAGCCAUCAUAAAGGCUUUGUUGUAGAAAAGAAUUGGUUCCCAGGUGAACUGAUCGAGUCGUGUUUUAUUAUUAGUGAAAAUAUAAAAAAUACAUAUUGAAAUACAGACAAAGACGGAAGCUGGACGGUCCAAAUACUCCCUCAGCUGUUGUCUAAAGUUCGGCCUGAAGACGAAGCAGCAUGGCGCGGAUGAACAGACCGGCUCCGGUGGAGGUGUGCUACAAGAACAUGAGAUUUCUCAUCACGCACAAUCCCACCAACUCCACCCUCAGCAGCUUUAAAGAGGACCUGAAGAAGUAUGGUGCUACUACAGUGGUGCGUGUGUGUGAGGUGACCUACGACAAAACGCCCCUGGAGAAGGACGGCAUCACCGUGGUGGACUGGCCGUUUGAUGAUGGAGCUCCUCCUCCCUCCAAGGUGGUGGAGGACUGGCUGAGCCUCCUGCGGAGGCGCUUCAUGGAGGAACCAGGCUGCUGCGUGGCUGUGCACUGUGUCGCAGGCCUCGGCAGGGCUCCGGUGCUGGUGGCUUUGGCUCUCAUUGAGUGUGGGAUGAAGUACGAAGAUGCGAUCCAGUUCAUCAGACAGAAGCGGCGUGGCGCGAUAAACAGCAAACAGCUGACCUAUCUGGAGAAGUACAGGCCCAAACAGAGACUGCGCUACAAACACCCGCACAUCUUCAAGAGCAAGUGCUGCAUCAUGUGACCUGAACGCUGCACCUGACCCGAACCAAGCUGAACCGAACUUCUCAGACCGGGGUGCUCUUCGCUGAACUGCUGCUUAAGCAGAGCCCUGUUUGGUCUGAAUGAAUCCCUGUUGGUGCCUAAACCUCAUCGCUCUCACCACGGAGUGAACACUGCCACGCCUCUCAGAGAGGUCAAAGGUCACCACAGGGUCUGUAAGGUGCACCAAAGAAGGUGACCUUUGACUGAUUGACCAGCUGAUAUGGAGCCAAGGGGAAUCAUGGGAAACUUUUUGCCUGCUCACCUUUCUUUAUCUGUGAAGUCUCAGGUGGUUUCAUUUUUCAGCCAUAUCUGCUCAAGUCGUCUCAGAUACUGCCGCUUACUCUUUAAUUUCCCUGUGAUGCGUAGGCAGUUCGCGAGUAAGCUCAGCGUAGACAUGGACUGAGAGGAUUUAUAGUAGGGCUCCUCUGAGUUACCGAAACUUCUUUGGCCAAAAUCUUUGCAGCUUCUUCGAGAAAGAUGUCGGCAUGAGGAAUAAAUGAAGGCUUUUUGAACUCUGCAUUAGAGUUGUGUGUAAGACUUUUUAUUUUUAUUCCACUUCUGCCAUUAUUAUAAUUAUAAUUAUUAUUAUUAUUAUUGUUUUCUACACGUCCAUGAUAUUUUCUAAUGAACUUAGAUAGAUCUAUUUCCCCCACAGAAAAAUAAACCAAAUGAAUGUAGUAAACAUGUUGCGCACCACCACGCAAGCAGUCUGCUGAGUCCGGUGUGCGUCUGUGGUAAUGAACAUGAAGGACGGACUUGCGUCCUUGGGAAGUACGUUCUUGGCAAGUAACCUUGCAAAAAUGAUGUCACAAGGACACGAGAACAGAGAAUGCACUUACGCAUGUUUGAGAUUCGCUGUGCACUUGGUACUGCGCAAAAACGUUCGUCACUUAUUUACAAUCAGUUUAAUCAUCUGUAUUGUACAAAAGCGUUUUGGUUUCCCUGGAAAACUUUUAUAUAAAUGUAAGAUUCCAAGGUGCAGUUUAAACUGUAAGUUUUAACUGACUGUUUAAGAAUGUUGUAAAAGAUAAUGGUUAAAAAAAAAAAAAACAUUCACAGUUAACCAAUGCCAAAUUAGUGCUAGCUAAGUUAACAAACGUGGCUAGUACAUCUAACGAAACAGACUUUUUCAUAUUAUGCAUUGUUUGUACCAAAUGAGCAGAUUUGACAGCUGUGUUAUUAAUUUCUCAGCCCUGUACCGUACGUCAAAUUAUGAUUCAUGUGAAUCAUUUAAUGAAAAGAAUGAAGCAGUAUUGCACAAGCAAGAGUGCUUUUAUACUGAAUAUGUGAUUCAGCUGCAGGUAUAUCACAGGUAAUCACAGCCGUGCCGCACACUUGCGAGUGUGAUAUUGCUUUUAUACAACAGUUCUGUUAAUAAGAAAUUAAUACUGAGUAAUCACGUUAGUGGACCAGAGCUAACUGUUGUAUAAGACAAUUAAAAACUUACGAGUGCUCCACCAUAGCGAUGAUGCCACAGUGAAUCAUGGGACUUUCCAUUCGUUCUCAUUGGCAAAUCACCAAUCAAUGCCUCCUCAGUUUUUGGGGAGGUUCAAGAAAACUUCCCUUUUUUUAUUGUUCUUUGGUACUUGUGUUCUUGAUUACUGGAAUGUAACUUGGGUGUUAAAAGAUGACCUCAGCCAUGGACACAGAAAAGAACACAUAUUGAGAAACACCCAUGGCCUGGCUUUGUUGUUUGAGUUUCUUAUCUGACCGCCAGUUCCUGCGACAUUUUUGUUGGGAUCCCAAUCCCCAUGCACACCUCUACUCUGCAUCACACACUGUUUAUAUCAUGUGUAUUCUCCUUUAAGCGCAGAGCUUAAUCCUUUCAGAUGUCACUUUAAUGUGUUUCAUUGUAAAACUGAAAAGAUCUUAAAAAGUUCUGAUUUUUUAAAACCUCAGGUCCUCACACGGCCUAAACAAGAGCUCAUGAACUGCUUUAAGACGUCUCUCUCUGCUUUUGAACACAUACCUCCUGCUGUACAGAGAUGCUUAUGAUAAUAAUAAAGGCUGAUUAUGAAUCA